AUGGCCUCGUUCCUACCCAGUACACCGUUUGGUAGCACCAUUCGCUGGCUGAGCAAUGGCCGACUCUUCCAGUUCCCAGAAGAGAAACCCGGGUUCCGUUUACCACCGAAAUACUUAACAGCAGCAGAACGAUCGACCCAGCAGUCAACGUCCCAUCCGGCCGCGCACAAUGCUCACGAAAGUAAUGAACGACCACCGUCGCCAGAGCCAUCAUCACCAGGUGGUGAAAGCGUGGAUCAACCCCUAGAAGAUAUAGAGAAAAGUGAACACCUCGCUGUACAUCAAUGCCUCAGUCCGGAGGUCACCCCGGACGGAACAAUACUCGUGGGCUGGUAUUCUGAUAACGACCCCGGAAAUCCUCACAACUGGUCAUCUUGGAUGAAAUUUCUGGUAUACGUUCAGAUAAAUUUCUACACGUUUGUGAUCUAUAUGUCGUCUUCCAUUUUCUCCAUCGUUCAGGGAGAGUUCAUGGAUAUCUACGGUGUCCCUCAAUCAGUGGGCUCUCUGGGUCUUGCGCUGGUACUUCUAGGCUAUGGAAUCGGACCGAUGCUCUUCAGUCCCUUGUCAGAAAUUGCGGCACUGGGCCGCAAUCCUCCGUAUCUAGUCACACUGGUAAUCUUCAUGAUAAUAACCGUGUUGACGGCGGUAGUGGACAACGCACCCGGUUUCCUGGUUUUACGCUUCCUCCAGGGGUUCUUUGGGUCACCAUGUCUAGCCACCGGAGCAGCAUCGCUGGCAGAUGUAACUAGCCUCGUGAAUCUACCUUACGGGCUUUGGAUCUGGGGCACCUUUGCCACAUCCGCGCCAGCAGUCGCCCCGACCAUUGCUGGAUUCAGCUCUGUGGUUAAGGGAUGGCAGUGGUCCAUGUGGGAAGUCCUAUGGGGUACCGUGCCGUGUUUGAUACUACUGUUGUUUCUCCCGGAAACCUCCAUUUCUACAAUACUACAUUAUCGCGCAAAACGCCUCCGAACCGUUACCGGCAACCAAGCCUUUAAAGCUCCUUCCGACGUUGACGCAUCCAGGUCAACCGUUGCAGCAAUCGUGAACAACGCGCUAAUUAUCCCCUGGAAGAUCAAUGCCUUGGAUCCGGCCAUUCUCUUUACUACAGUCUACACUGCACUGGUAUAUGCCAUCUUCUACUCUUUCUUUGAGGUAUUCCCUCUCGUCUACCUAGAGAUAUACCACCUGAGUCUACCGCAUAUGGGUCUGGUGUUCCUUACUGCUAUCAUUGCUGUCUUGAUCAUCAUGCCAUUUUACUUCCUCGUGGUCCAUUUUACAAUCAGUCGGCCCAUGCUUAGCGGCUCGUUCCCUCCACCGGAACGCCGACUUAUACCAGCCCUGUUGGGUUCCUUGCUCGUUCCUACGGGGAUGUUUAUAUUUGCCUGGACUUCAAGGAAAGAUAUUCAUUGGGUUGUACCCACAAUGGGAUUCUUGCUCAUAAUGGCCGGAGUGGUUACCCUUCUACAAUGUAUGUUUGGGUACAUGGCCGUCGCGUAUCCGAAGUAUGGUGCAAGCUUGUUUGCCAUGAACGAUUUUGCUCGUUCGUCUCUAGCCUUUGCGUCGAUUUUGUGGUCCGGUCCACUAUAUCGAAAUCUUGGGAUUGCCAAAGGCACAAGCUUGAUUGGGGCAUUAACAGCAGCUUGUGUCCUUGGAAUCUUUACUCUCUAUUGGUUUGGACCCGUGCUACGAAAAAGAAGCCGCUUUGCUGGGUAG